AUGGCGCGAGAGUUAUUGCUUAGGGGUCGCACCAGGACUCUUCGCGAUAUCGAGUCCAAUACAACCAGAAAGUCUUCCAAAUGGCGCGACUGGACUUGUGUUCUUCUAUGGAGUAUCGUUGGCUAUACAUGCAUCAUUCUGCCGGUGGUAGCGUACUCCAAGCCGGGCCUUAUACCUUUUUAUAUCACUUUAUUACUGUUUCACAAGGAGUCCUCCCCAUUCUUCGCUUUCUCACAUGCAAAAGCCCAUUACUCCAAACCACAAGGGUUCGAGAUAGUUGCUCUGGUUCCCUUCCACCACCAUGAGCGUACAGCUAUCUUGGAUUGCUAUCUACAAAAAAACUUGAUCCAUAAUCGUGGAUUCCUUGAUCGGGUCGUCUUUGUGCCGCAGACCGAGGACGCCAUCAGCAUGGAAUGGCUGUACUCGAUCGUCAACCAAACUUCUGCCUAUGAUAUCUCUUCACCUGGUAAUGAACCAGAAUGGAAGGCUUUAAAGAAGAAUGUGAUGUAUAUUCGAAUCGAUGGUGAUACUCUGUUCCUCGAGGACAACACCAUUCCAACCAUUGUCAAGACGAAACUGCAAAAUCCAGAAUCUUUGAUUGUAUCGGCGAAUGUGAUCAAUGAGGCAGCUCUCACAUCCCUUCACAGCCACCCCGGUACUGCACUUCCAUAUCUGCCCGAAUUGUACCACGUGGAGCAACCGCCCAGAUCAGAGUCACAGCUGAAGCCCGGCUGGCGCGCUUCGAAUCUUCCACGCUGGCAGGGCCCAUCGAAUUUCAAAGUCAACAAGGGGUUUGAACCACCAUACAAAGGACAUCGCUGGCUACUCUCCCCGAAUGCGAAAUCUGGGCAAGAUCCUAUCGCAGCAUCCAUAUAUACCGAUACCGGUCCCACAUUACAGGACUGGACUGUUGGUGCGCAGCAACAUUACUCGUUCCUGCACCAUCUGGAAAAUAAUGACUUGGCUCGGUACAAGUUCCCAAUAUGGGUCAACCCCACUGAGUCUAUCAGUGAAAACUUUGGGUGCUUCUGGGGCAAAGAUGCGGCAGCUGUGCACCAUUUCAGCAACGAGACAGGAAGGAGAUCUUCUUCAAGCCGACAUGAAUCAAGCGAUCCAAGUCCACAUGUCAUCAUCGAUGGCAAGGGCCUUGUGUCGCAUUACUCGGCAGAGCAAGGUGCAGCCGGUCUAGACACCACAGAUCUCAUAAGUCGUUACCGAGCAUAUGCGCAAGAGAGGGUGUGUUCCUGUGAACUUAACAACCUUGGAUGA